GGUGCUGCUGCACAGGUGUCGCUCAUCUGAGAGCAAUCAGCUGGCUUCUUAAGGAGUGGAAACCAGAGGGAGGCGUCAGCUUGUUGUCUCAUUCUGUGUGGUAAACAGCUAGACCUCGGCUGCUCUGCAGUCCUGCUUCCAAGCAUUUUUCUGAUCACCUUGUUUUUUCUCUUCUGCCUUGCAGAUCAAGCUUUUGCUGAAGGCUACUGUGGAUAUUUUCCUGUCUCCUGUUUUCACUCGUAUCAUGUUCAUGUUGUGGGAGCUUCAGCCUCGACGCCUCAGCUAAAAGAAACACAAACGAAGGAGAAAAUCACCUCCUUCAGUCGUGCCUCCCUGUCAACCUCAGCCACCGUGGAGAAGACUUAUCUUUCCCCGGCCACUAAGUUCUCAACCUCGCACUACUGGCCUUUAUUCAUCAGUAGCUCAACAGGAAGAAGGGCAAAGAAAGAAGGGGAGGACAGGAAAUGGCCCGUGGCCGGGAAUUGAACCCUGGACCGCUGCAUGGAGGACUGUAGCCUCUGCAUAUGAUGAAUUGGCUCUACCCCUGAGCCACCUGGUGACCCUGCCUUUUCAGCCACCAGUUACAACCCCAGCAUGACCUCUCGCUCCAUCAGUUCUCUGGUGACAUCUGACGACCAGGCUGAGCAUGAGGCCAGCAGCCAGACACCAACUUCACCAUCAACUCCAUCAACACAGCAGCAGCUAAGAGAAGAAGAGGAGGGCUCCAUCUCAGAUGAAACUCUAACUCAUUCCAGGAAGCAGCUCACCUGUAUCUCAGUCCAAGUUUUCACAUCAAGUGUCUUCAACACUUUCUGAAGUUCCAACAAACUUUGCUGCAGGAUGAAGAUUGAUACCAACCUGACUCCCCAGCUUCCUGAGGCCCCUUCCCAGGCUGGCCUACAGUUUGUUGUAGCCACUGAGGAGGACUUCGAUGAAAUUAUGGCAAUGAGCCAGGAUAUCUAUGGUGGUCUGGACUACCUUCCCACCAGAUACACUAGCUGGCUUCAGGAUUCGAACCGCAUGGUUAUUCUGGCACGCAAAGAAGGAAAAGUGGUUGCUCUGGAAUCAGCAUGUGUGAUCGAUGAUGGCGGGACUAUGCUAGUGGAGGGUCUUCGUGUUGCCCCUCAGGAAAGAGGGAAGGGAGUAGCAGGAGUUCUGCUGCGCUUCUGCUCCGAGCUGGUCAAAUCCAAAUUUCCAGAUGUAAAAGUGACCCGCUUGACCCGUGAUGACCAGCUUGGGCCGAAGGACUUUGAAAAGUAUCGCAUCAUAACUAAGCAGGGAAUUCUGCUAGUGCGUUUCAGAGCUGAAGAACUCAAACUGCGACUUUGUGACAUAAUAUUGCGUGGCGGCAUUCAUUCAUCUGUGUCCACACACCAGUCCAGCCCCCCUCCUGUGCGUCUCGAUCAAACAUCUAUCCAUCAGCUUUAUCUUACUACUGACUUGAUGCAGGGAGUGCUUCCUAAUGCCACCGUCAUUCAAGACUGGCAGCCAUUCAAGCUUCUACCAAGCAAUUUCUCAAUCCUACUGAAGAAGGACAUUGACUGGAUGGUGGAUGAUUUAUCCAGUCCUACUGUGGCCAGCCUUUGUACCUUCCCUUUCAGGGUGCCCAUUGGAGAUGAUUGGUAUUACCUGAACAUUGACAUGUUUGGUAAAGACCUGAAUUUGACUCAGCAGCAGUUCCUGUGCCACCUUCAGCGCCACACAACCAACCUGAAGGGUCAUGUGAUGUGCCAGAUAUUCCUGGAGCCUGGUCUUUGGAAGCCUAUGGUCGAUUUCUGUCAGAACACUUUAAACGUAGACCUGGUGAAAGAGUACACUGAGCAAUGUGUGGUGGAAUCAGAUCUGAUCUAGUAGAAGGAGUAACCAUGGUAAAGAGGGAAGAAGAAACAAAUAGAAUUCAAAUACACUAAAACUUUUUUUUCUCUGGACAGAAAGAAAAAAAUAUAUAUUUUAACAAACUUACAUUCUGAUAUAUUUUAUUCAAUGGAAAGUGAACACAGGUGAGUGAUUAAUGCUGCUUGGUUAAAAGAGUUUCCUGUAGGUCAAUAGCACAAAUAUUUUUGGCAGAAUUAUUUUAAACUGAACUUUGCAUAAAACACAUUGCAUGUAAAUUUACCUCCAGUCUCCAUCUGAGAGAAUAGAAUUGAUAUUAUCGUGUCAAUCUGUUUGAGAGUACAGAACAACAGAGUCAAUCACUAGUGUAAGACAAUAAUCAUUACCAUAUUAGCUUAUUACUGUAUUUGAUGUUAGCUCUAUUUUGUACAUCUUGUUUGUUUUAAGGGUUUAGGAGGAAUGGUAAGAUUUGUUUCACAGGUAGCAAUAAUGCAUUCUAGAAAUAGUACAAGUGAUUUUUUUAAAGAGAUAACAGUCCCUUUACCUCAUUUCAAACCUUUUACUUCUGCUCUUUCUGUAAAAACUUAACUUUUUAAGUUUUAUUUCAUUUGAGGGAAGAUGCUUCUUUCCCCUUUUUUCAAGUAUUUUACUGUAAAAUAUGUAUGUAACAAACCUAAUGUAAAAGAUUCAUUUGAUCGAUAGUUUUGUGCUAGUUCACCUUUAACAAGUCCUCCGAUCCAGCUUUAUUUGUGUUCUAAAUUCAGUUUAGCUUACUGCACUGCAGCUGAUCCUUCUCUGUUCAGAUUUGUUUAAUCUCCUGUUCAGUAAUACAAUUUG